AUGAAGGCGAUGAUAUAUGUACUCUUCCUGGGCAUCGUGGCGAUGCACGCGGUUGGAGCGCCCAUGAAUGCAGGCGAGCUCACUGCGGGCAUGGACGCCACCACGGCACUUGCGCACGGUCUCGAGGGGAUGAGCCUCGACGCGGCACGAGGCGUGCAGCGUGCUCCUGCGUUCCUGUCUGGAACAGGCGCGGUGAAGGAGAUCAAGUCCGUUGGCGCUUCAUCGCUACGCAGUGCUGCUGGAGCUGACGAAGCAGUGCGCAAGAUGCGCAAGGUACGAUUCAGGACGGCGCCCCAGCCUGCGACGAGCAGCAGCGCCAACCAGCGCCUGAGGCCUGGCGUUGACAAGGUCAUCCAAAAGGCACAGCUGGACAGGUCGCAGGGCUUGACCAAGGCACAGUGGCAGCAGGCGCUCGAAGAUUACGAGCGCCAAACGGGCCUGGACCUCAGCAGGUUCAACGACGAGCUCAAGGAUGGCGCCACGUCGCAAAAGAUCAAGCAGCGUCUCAGCUUCUGA